AUGUUGAUGGGGGUCCCAUCUUUGACCUGCGUCUUCCUGAUAAAUCCUUGGGGUCUUUUUGCAACAAUUCAAGAGUUUCAUCGAGAGUUACGCCGUGGUCUUGAGCUUAGAGAUGGUGAAGGAGCCUUUCCGGGUCUAAGGGAACUCAUAGACUUUCACAAUGGGCCAUGGGAGGGCCCAGUCUUCACUCACAGUGACCUAAGCAGUCUCAAUAUCAUGGCUGAUGGGGAUACGGUGACAGGCAUUGUAGACUGGGAGUCGGCUGGAUGGAUGCCACCAUACUGGGAGUAUACAUCAGCUUGGCACGUUAAUCCACGAAAUACAUUCUGGCGCGAUGCGGUCGACGGGUUCCUGACACCUUUACCGCAUGAGUUGGAAAUGGAAAGAAUACGUCGGCAGUACUUUGGCGAAUUCUAA